GCUUCAAGUUCCCAUCUCUCUUGCACCUACAAAAGGCCAUCACCAUUUAUUUCUUUUUGACUCACCGCCUCUUAAAGCCCUAUAUAUUUCUCUUCACUUCUUUAGCCUUUUUUUUUUAUCCAAAAAUCUUCACAGAGAAACACCCAUUUCCCGUUUCAUACAAACUCACCGUUCCAUCAAGAAAAUGAGAGAAAUCCUUCACGUUCAAGCAGGCCAAUGUGGUAACCAAAUUGGUGGCAAAUUCUGGGAGGUUAUGUGUGAUGAACAUGGCAUUGAUGCCACAGGAAGUUAUGUUGGGAAUUCUCACCUUCAGCUGGAGAGGGUGAAUGUCUACUACAAUGAAGCAAGUGGCGGUCGGUACGUCCCUAGAGCCGUGUUAAUGGACCUUGAGCCUGGCACCAUGGACAGCUUGCGCACAGGUCCUUAUGGCAAACUAUUUAGACCUGAUAACUUUGUUUUUGGUCAAAAUGGUGCUGGAAACAAUUGGGCAAAGGGGCAUUACACUGAGGGGGCUGAGUUGAUCGAUUCGGUUCUUGAUGUCGUUCGUCGAGAGGCCGAGAAUUGCGACUGCUUACAAGGUUUCCAGAUUUGCCAUUCACUGGGAGGUGGGACAGGUUCGGGGAUGGGAACACUACUGAUAUCAAAGAUCAGGGAAGAAUAUCCUGAUAGGAUGAUGUUGACUUUCUCAGUGUUCCCUUCGCCUAAGGUCUCUGAUACCGUGGUUGAGCCCUACAACGCAACCCUCUCUGUACACCAGCUUGUUGAGAAUGCUGACGAGUGCAUGGUCCUCGACAACGAAGCCCUCUACGACAUUUGUUUCCGAACACUUAAGCUCACAAAUCCAAGCUUUGGUGAUCUCAAUCAUCUUAUCUCAACAACUAUGAGUGGAGUAACGUGUUGCCUCCGCUUCCCCGGCCAACUCAACUCUGAUCUUCGCAAACUAGCAGUCAAUCUGAUCCCUUUCCCACGCCUCCACUUCUUCAUGGUUGGUUUUGCACCUUUAACUUCCCGUGGCUCCCAACAGUAUCGUGCACUCACCAUCCCUGAGCUCACUCAGCAAAUGUGGGAUGCCAAAAACAUGAUGUGUGCCGCUGAUCCACGCCACGGAAGGUAUCUAACAGCCUCGGCAAUGUUUCGUGGCAAAAUGAGCACUAAGGAAGUAGAUGAGCAGAUGAUUAAUGUGCAGAACAAGAACUCCUCCUACUUUGUUGAAUGGAUACCUAACAAUGUUAAAUCUAGUGUUUGUGACAUCCCACCGACCGGGCUAAGCAUGUCUUCCACAUUCAUGGGGAAUUCCACCUCGAUUCAAGAAAUGUUUAGGCGUGUUUCAGAGCAAUUCACUGUCAUGUUUAGGCGCAAGGCUUUCUUGCAUUGGUACACUGGGGAGGGGAUGGACGAGAUGGAGUUUACAGAGGCUGAAAGUAACAUGAAUGACUUGGUUUCAGAGUAUCAGCAAUACCAAGACGCAGCUGCAGCAGAAGAGGAGGAUUAUGAUGAGGAGGUGGUGGAGAACUAGAAGGCAUGUAUUUCUUUUGGACAUGGUCGUGAGUUAUAUCUUAUAAUGUUUGCGUUUGUGCUUUCUUUGUGAUGAAAAAGGGCUCAUGCCUUGGUGAGAUCGUCUUUUGCCUGCUUAUGUUGUGAAUUUAUGAUUGGCAUAAUUUAUGUAAUUGAAGAGACAAAAAGGAGAAAAUAAUCUUGUAAUUGCGAGUAUAAGGUUUGGAAGUAUGUGAAUAUUUUCAAUAAAUUUCUUCAUUUGACAC